AUGUCUUCGAACGACUACUACGGCAACAGUGGCCACGGCCAGCAGGGUUACAACCAGGGCCAUCUACAGCAGGGCUAUGGCCAACAGGGUGGUUAUCCCCAGCAGCCAAGCUACGCUCCUCAACAGCAGCAAGGCGGCUACCCUCAACAGUCACACUCGCCGUACCAGCAGGGUGGUGGCUACAACGCUCCCCAGCAGCACGGAUACGGCGGCCCCCAACAGCCCACUUACGCCCAGGGUCAAGGCCACAGCCAGGGUUACUCCUCUGGACAUGACAACCGCGGUCACUCUCCCUACCCUCAACAACAACAAUAUGGCCAGCAACAACACGGCCAGCAAGGCUAUGGACAACAGGGCUAUGGACAGCAGGGCGGUCCAGGCCAGUACGACCCCAAUGGGCCUGUCGGCCCUGAUGGCGAGCGUGGCCUUGGCGCGACACUAGUCGGCGGCGGAGCUGCCGGAUGGGCUGCGCACAAGGCCGGAGGCGGCCUGCUCGGUACUCUCGGUGGUGCUAUCGCCGGCGCAGUCGGUGCCAACAUGUUGGAGCACGCCGGCAAGAAGCAUAAGAAGGAGAAGAAGCACAAGAAGGACAAGCACCACAAGCGCGGUCUCAGCGGAAGCUCCAGUUCCAGUAGCGACUAA